GUGCAUCAGUGGAUUCUUCACGUAGCGCAGUUCAGGACCGGAAAGCAAGCUAUUAAGGAAAUGAUAGACGACGAUGGCAGUUGUGAGAAUUAGAGUUGUCGAUGGCGAUCGAGUGUCCACUGAGUCGCUACGAACUCCCAUCACCGCAGGAGAAGCUAGGGAGACAUUGCAGCAGUAUAACCGACGAUGGAUGGGCAAGCUGGCCGCCGUGGGCAGUGAAAUACACUUGGGAGGUCGCACAGACCUGGUGCCCGGAGAGACCUACAUCCUGACCGUGACAAGGGAUGCUGGUCUGGAAGAGAAGCUUGAAGGUCUGGCGGAACUAGUGGCAGGUCAUGCGAAAGUACUUCUCCCAGAGACAAUUGACCUGGUGAAGACGGCCACCUGCUUGUUCGCUGAUGAGGAUGACCAGUUCACAGGAUUGGGCUGCUUCUAUGGGCCCCACUGGGGCAUCACCUGCUACCAUAACCUAGUGGAGCCACUUGAUUCACACGACCCAAAUGUGGUGCAGGAGCCCUCCUUGGGAGAAGAAAUCGAGGUGUAUGUUUUCAAACAGGGCAGGUACCAGCGCAUCUCGGUCACAAUCACGGAGCUGAGCAAAGAGCAUGAUUUUGUUUGCUUUAUCACCGAGCAGGAGCAGCCCUUCUUACAAUUGCACCGAGAUCCCAGCGUCUUGGAGUCAGCCAGGGAAUUCGUACUGUGCUCUUUCCACUUGCAAGCUGGCUUGGGCGACCUUGCCAGUGACUUUGGCAUUGGUCUGGCACCAUAUAGGGCGUUGUUUUUGCGCUUCAGCAAGCACGCAAACCAUAUGGUGUACGAUGUCAACUGCGCACCCGGUGACUCUGGUGCAGCGCUGUUGCUGUUUGAAGGCCGUGUGAUAGGGAUGCAUCAAGAAGGUAUAAAUAAUCUCAUUGGGGAAUUUGACCCCACCAGGCCAAUGCAUGCGAGAUUAGAUGAUCUCACGGAGUCUGCCCUUGCAGCUGCCCGGAGUGUAGGACAGGGUGGUCUUGGUUUGUUGGCCAGGUGUUUUCCUCAGGCAGUUUGAGGCAUGGGACACAUAUAGAAUGUUUGAUACAUGCAGAAGUGCAGCGGAGAAUUUUUCAUGGUGCUGGCAGCUGAUAGGACUUGAAGAAAAGAGCAAGUAAACUUUUCAUGUGAGUGCACUCAAAGUCCGUGAAUGUCUCUUAUGACACUACGUAGUGUCAUAUGUACAUUAGUGUAUACAAGCAAUGCAUCACUACCCUUAGUAUAAUUGUCACUUCAAGGACACUCUCAGAAAAAGGAGAGAUGCAUGCAUGGCAUUUGGUGACACUGAUGAUCAUUAAUGAACAGUUGCAUUGUCUGACAUUUGAAAGUUUUGGUUAGUGAUCGAUGAAACUCUUGCUUGGUGCAGCUCUUGAAUUGUAUGCCACUGGCAUGUUCAAAUGAAGUGCAAAAGGUGAAGAUGUAGACCGAGUGCAACACAGCAAGAAUGUGUCAGAUUUAAGAGUCAAGACAGUC